AUGGAGCCGCUUACCACCCCUAACCCGGACAAAUUCUCGAGAAUGCUGGGGCUAUCUUUCAAGGGGUCGAACAUCAAUGGGAAAAUAUGGAUCUUCGUGGAGGAAGGGAUGGAUUUUGACGUGGUGGAUGACUCGGAACAGCUGUUGCAUGGGAGGUUCACCUGCCCUCGGAUCCCAGCCCCUAUUUUGAUCUCGGCCGUAUAUGCUAAAUGCACGAGAGGGGAGCGGCAUGCACUCUGGGAGAAGAUGAGGGACACUACCCAAGUAUCGGAAGGAUUGCCUUGGUUUAUUGGAGGGGACUUCAACGCAAUCCUCUCCUCUCGAGAUAGGUUGGGGAGCGACACAAACCGACAGGCUGAAAUGGUGGAUUUUGCCGAGGCCAUUGAGGACUGCAGACUAUUGGACCCAGGCUAUGAUGGGUCAGAAUUCACUUGGGCUAAGAAUGGCCUCAUGGAAAGGUUGGAUAGGGUGCUGAUUAGCGAGACGACGUCCCAAAUGUUUGAUGCAAUAAGAGUCACGAACCUCCCCCGCAUUGCUUCGGAUCAUGGCCCGCUCCUGGUCAGAAGCAGGCUGCCCAACACCCACGGGGGGUGGUAG